UUCCCAGCAACAGCAUCUGAGUCUCCCAGAAGUCUUUCUAAUCAUGUUUGGGGCAUCGCUGGUGGUCCUGCUGGGGACAUGGUGCACAGCCUCCAGCGCCCAGCCUGUGCUGACUCAGGAAUCCUCCAUGUCAACAGCCCCUGGACAGACAGUUAAACUCUCCUGUUCUAUGAGCAGUGGAGCAGUGACAUCCUACGAACAGUCCUGGUACCAACAAAAGCCUGGCAGCCCUCCCAGGCUCCUGUAUUAUUACUACAGCAGUGCAGCUGCAGGGCCUGGCGAUGUCAGUCGCUUCUCUGCUUCCAAGGAGAGCUCCCGAAACACUUGGUAUUUAACCAUCAGCAACAUCCAGGCAGGAGACGAGGCUGUUUAUUACUGUGCUGUGUGGUAUGGCUCAACUAGCGUGUUCCACAGUUCCAAUGCGCAGUACACCUUGACGCAGCCACCCAUACAGUCAGCCUCUCUGGAACAAUCAACCAAACUCUCAUGCACCAUGAGCAGCGAUAGCAGAAUCAAUAGUUACAACAUAUUCUGGUAUCAACAGAAGGCUGAACAGGCCCCUCGGUUUGUGCUGUAUGGUACCAGCAGCAGGGGAGAGGGGAUCCCAGACCGAUUCACUGGCUCGAAAGACUCCUCUGCAAACGUGGCCUAUUUAACUAUCACAAGCAUCCAGGCAGAAGAUGAGGCCGUUUAUUACUGUGCUGAUGCUUACGGCAGUGUCUCCAGAGCCCAGCCUAUGCUGACUCAGGGUUCUUCCAUGUCAGCAGCCCUUGGACAGACAGUAAAGCUCUCCUGUUCUAUGAGCAGUGGAGCACUGACAUCCUAUUCCCAGUUCUGGUACCAACAAAAACCUGGCAGCCCUCCCAGACACCUAUUUUAUUACUUCAGCAGUGCAUCUGCAGGUUCUGUGGACGUCAGCCGGUUCUCUGCUUCCAAGGAGAGCUCCCGAAAUACUUGGUAUUUAACCAUCAACAAUGUGCAGGCAGGAGAUGAGGCUGAUUAUUACUGUGCUGUGUGGUAUGAACCAAACAAAGCGUUCCACAGUUCAAAGUCCCAGCUCUCUCAGCCACGCUCCGCCUCUGUGUCCUUGGGAGGCACAGUCAGACUCUCCUGCACCUUGCGCCCAGAAGACAGCAUCGGUGGCUAUCGUGUGUCCUGGUACUAG